AUGACACAAACACAAUUCCGCCAGGAGCCUGUUGCCGUGAUUGGCUUCGCCUGCCGGCUUCCAGGCGAGAACAAUAGCCCUCAAGAGCUCUGGGAUUUCUUAGAACGAGGGGGCAUUGCAUCGAAUAACGUGCCCAAGACGCGUUUCAAUAUCGAUGGCCACUACGAUGGGUCCCAUAAGCCCGGGACCAUGCGACCGAAGGGAGGUAUGUUUAUCGGGAGCCAUGAUAUGGCUGACUUUGACGCCUCGUUUUUUGAAAUCGGGGGCACGGAGGCCGUUGCCAUGGACCCAAACCAGCGUCAAAUGUUGGAGGUGGUGUAUGAAGGACUGGAGAAUGCAGGAAUCCCACUAGAGAAGAUUGAUGGACAACCAGUCGGCUGUUAUGUGGCCUCCUACGCUUCUGAUUAUGGCGACAUGCAGAACCGGGAUGCAGAGGACCGACCAGCCAACUGCGCCAUCGGGGUGGGUCGUUCAAUCAUGGCCAACCGGCUAAGCUACUUUCUGAAUGUUAAAGGCCCUAGUAUCACCAUAGAUACUGCUUGUUCCGGCAGCCUGGUGGGCCUGGACCUGGCAUGUCGCUCUGUACAGUCUGGUGAGGUCAGCACUGCGAUUGUGGCCGCCAGUAACCUGUACCUGAACCCGGACCAUGUCAUGGAUGCCGGAAAUGUUGGCCAGGCGCAUUCCCCAACGGCACUCUGUCAUACAUUUGACGCCGAUGCAGACGGUUACGUCAAAGCUGAAGCUGUCAGCUGUGUAAUUGUGAAGAACCUGUCGGCUGCAAUUCGUGACCGUGAUCCCAUCCGCGGGAUCGUGAGAGGAACCGCUUCGAACAGCAACGGGCGAACGGGAGGCAUUGCAAGUCCCAGUCACGAAGCCCAAGCUGCCGCCAUUCGUUCGGCGUAUGCUAACGCCGGAAUCACCAGCCUCCACGAAACCGCAUAUCUCGAAUGCCACGGUACGGGUACGCAGGCGGGUGAUCCGACGGAGGUUCGAGGCGCUGGGUCAGUGUUUGCAGCUACACGUGUAGGCGAUAACCCGCUACUCAUCGGCUCCAUUAAGAGUAACAUUGGUCACUCUGAACCUGCGGCGGGCAACUCAGGCCUGCUUAAGGUCAUUAUGUCCAUGGAGAAAGGCGUGAUUCCCGGAACGCCUCUCUUCAUCAAGCCAAGCACCAAGAUUGACUUCAAAGGCUGCAAGGUCCAGGCUUUUCGCACUGCCGUCCCCUGGCCUGACCAAGGUUAUUCUUUACGUCGUGCCAGUAUCAACUCCUUCGGCUACGGGGGCUCCAACGCGCAUGCGAUCGUCGAGCAAGCAAGCUUGGAUGUACGGAGCUUCUAUCGGUCUUCGUAUGCCCCGGAAAUCGAAGACGAGGAUUAUGACGAGGAGAAGCACUGUCAGGAUGAUGACGAGAUUAGCGAUCGACCAUACACGCUUGUUGUGUCCGCCAAUGACGCGCAAUCGCUCCGCGAGAAUAUUCGUAGGCUCACUCGGCAUCUGGUCAAUCCACGCGUGCGGAUCAACCUGGCGGAUCUGGCAGCAACCCUCUCACAGAGACGAUCCCGGCUGUGGCAUCGGGCCUUUCUGACUACCCGCUCGACGGAGAUCGAGGAGAAGGACUUCGUGGUGGGUAAGAAUCGUGGCCAGGCGCCUAAGAUCGCCUUUGUGUUUACUGGUCAAGGCGCACAGUGGCCGCAGAUGGGCAAGGAACUGCUGCAAUUCUUCCCUUGGACGCGGGCGAUCCUGGAGGAACUCGACGCGGCGCUGCAGUCGCAGCCGGAUCCCCCCAAGUGGUCGCUCGUCGCUGAGUUGACGGAACCACGUUCUGGGGAGCAUCUCCGCCAGCCAGAGUAUUCGCAGCCACUUGUCACUGCGCUCCAACUAUGUAUCUUUGCCGUGCUGGAGACGUGGGGCGUCUGCCCGUCCAGUGUGGUGGGCCACUCGUCCGGGGAGAUAGCCGCGGCCUAUGCGGCGGGCUAUCUUGACAGGGCUAGUGCCAUCAAGGCUGCAUUCUACCGUGGUCGGGCGGCCUUGAACUGUAAGAGCCAGGGAAGGGUAGAUUCGAAUGUCGGGAUGCUGGCCAUUGGUCUCGGCUCUGAUGCGACACUGGAGUAUCUGGAUAAGUACAAGGGAAGCGCGUGGAUUGCGUGCUUCAAUAGCCCCAGCAGUGUGACGGUUUCAGGAGAGCGAUCGACGCUAAACGCCCUUGCAGAGGAUAUCAAGGCGCAGGGUCAUUUUGCUCGCGCGUUGCAAGUGGACCUGGCGUACCACUCGGAGCUUAUGGGCCCCAUCGGGGAAGAUUACUUCACCCUGCUCCAGGAUGACGUCCAGUUCAAGCCGCUACAGGUUGAUGAUACCAAAAGACCACUGAUGUUCUCUUCUGUCACGGGAUCGCUCAAGGAAACAACCACAGAUGUUCUCUACUGGAAGACUAACAUGGUUUCUCCGGUUCGGUUCAGUGAAGCCUUAACGGAGCUCGUGAAUACAGACGCUCCCACCAUGAUCAUUGAGAUUGGCCCCUCGGGGGCGUUGGCUGGGCCCACUUUACAAGUGCUGAAAGCUCUGCCCAAUAGCGGGGACAUUCAAUAUUGCGCUGCCUGGGCCCGCGGCGCAAGCUCAGGGAAAGCCCUGUUCGAUGUGGCCGGACAUCUCUUCGCCAUUGGCGCUCCAAUUGAUUUCGCGCAGGUCAACGAAUAUAUUGCAACAGAAGUGCGGACUUUAGUUGAUCUGCCUAACUACUCAUGGAAUCAUUCGAUUAAAUACUGGCAUGAAAACACAGCCAGCCACGACUGGCGGUACAAGCCAUUCAUUACGCAUGACCUGCUGGGGUCCAAAAUUCCGGGCACGGCGUGGGAGUCACCCACUUGGCGCAAGCACCUCAAAUUGGCCGAUGUGCCCUGGCUGCGAGACCACAAGAUGGGCCCAGAUGUGCUGAUUCCGGGUGCAGGACUGGCUACCAUGGCACUAGAGGCCAUGUAUCAAAAAUACUGCGCGCUGAACCCAGAAAAUGCCGUUGCAUCACCCAACGAGCUGGCAUAUCGGUUCCGCAACGUCAAAUUCGAGCGUGCGGUUGUUGUCGAGGAGAGUAAGUCCACCACGAUUCUCCUGUCCCUGAUGAACAUGCCUGGCAGCCAUGACUGGCAUGAAUUUCGCAUUCGCACAACAGCUGCAGGUGUGAUUUACGAGCACUGCUCCGGAUUUAUUCGCAUCCAGGACCCCAUUGAUGACGAUGAAGCACUCGAUCAGAAACAGCUCGCACCAAUCGAGAACCGGCAAUCGGCGCAGUUGUGGUACAAGACACAGCAGGAGGUGGGGAUGGGAUUUGGUCCAAGCUUCCAGACUAUCAAGAGCAUCGAGUCCGUCAGUGGGAGUCGCACCUGUCGGACAAUUGUCUCGCUCGAGCCCCCCGCAUCCAAAUGGGAUCCUCAGUCUUACUACCCAUUCCAUCCAGCGAUUCUGGAUGGAUGUCUUCAGACCGCGACGCCAGCGAAUGCCGCUGGGGAGCGAAGCUUGGUCAAAGAUACCAUGAUCCCCGCGCUCGUGGAUGAUAUGAUCAUCAACAAGGUCCCCCGAGAGCUCGUAGAGGGCUUGUCGGUCGCCGAAUCACUUUACACUGGUCGUGGGCGUCGCGAUGUGGCCAAGAGCUGGACCGCCAACAUUUCCAUCUACCAUCCGCAGACCGGUGCCCUACUGCUGCGUGUGCGGGGACUCAACUAUAUCCGUCUGGAUGUGGAUGAAAAGCCAGAUUUUCAUGUGUUCAGCACGCCGAUCUGGAAGCCUGAUAUCUCGCUCCUCACGCAGGACCAACUCAUGUACCUCACGCCAUCGAGUCCGGGCUCGAGCCGACUUGAUAUGGUUCUGGACCUGGUGGCACAGAAGGUGCCUACCCUCCAGGUACUGGAAGUCAGCAUGGACGAAACUGAUAAGUCCUCGUUAUGGCUACAGAGGCGCGACAAGCAAGCACGAUCUGCUUAUAGGCUCUACCACCUGGCAUCUCCCAGUGCGACCAGCGUCGCAAAUCUCAAUUCCACCCAUGAGUCCAAACCCAAUACCGAAUUUCAUCUGUUGGAUUUUUCCAAGGACAGACUUGGGCUCACCAAUAACCAUGGAUUGUACGACCUUUUGAUAUUCAAGGCCGCGGCGGAAAAAGACGUUGUCACCAGCUCGGCGAGUAUUUUAGAGCGCCUGAAGAUUCUGUUAACGCCGGCGGCUUUUGUUCUGGUGAUCACACCGACAAAUUCAAUUGAAGCUCGAAGCGAUGACCUUCUCGAGGACGAGCUGAAUAGUGACAUAAACGUGGUCCCGCUUGAAGAAUCAUCCCCCAGCUCUGGCUCAUUGACACCGUCCGACGAGUCCUCAUUCACCUCAUUAGGCUCCGUGAAUGGAAAGUCCUCUAUGGCCAAAUGGACGGGACUUCGAAAGCUGGAAGGACUUUCGCAAUUCGGCCAGGUGCUUCGAAUCACCCCCGAUCCCGGCCACCAUGCUGACGCUCAUCUCUGGAGACCCCUGAUCAACAUUUCACAGUCAGCUAGCCCGCGCCACAAGCAACUCAUUGUUGCUCGUUUCCAUGCUGAUUCGCCCACUCUGUCAUCGACGCUCAAAGCCCUACUUAAGCCAUCGGGCUGGUCUAUCCGGACUGUACCCAUCACAAAGCUUGCUACUGAGGCAAAGAAUAGCGACACUUCCCAGUCGGUUGUGGUGGUGAUGGAUGAACUAUUCAAGCCCGUACUGACGCAGAUCAGCGAAUCCCAAUGGGAGGCGCUCAAAAUGGUUAUCAGCACCGGCCAGCCCCUGCUCUGGGUCACCAAAGGGGGACAGACCUCAAAGGUGUCAGAUCCCGAUAAUGCGUUGGUGCACGGUCUCUUUCGUGUAGUUCGUCGCGAGGAUCCACAGGCCAACCUCACCACACUCGAUGUGCAGUCUGCGACCAGUCCCGCUACAAGUGAGGCGAUUUAUACGCUGCUCCAGCGGGUUCUUGAUGGGACACAUGGCGAAACCGAGUACGCUGAACGGGACGGCAUCCUUCUGAUGCAACGCCUGAUACCAGAUCGCGCCAUUAACGAAUUCAAGGCGGCCGAAGACGGCAAGGUGUCUGAGCCGGUAGUCAGAUCGCUCCACGAGACCGCGGCGCAGGUGCGUCUCCAGGCUGAGAAGGUCGGCACGUUGCAAAGUCUGACUUGGUGUGAAACGGCGGUUGGCGAGGUGCCGAUGGAACCGGGGAUGGUGGAGAUUGAGGUCAUGGCCGUGGGUGUCAACUUCAAGGUAAGGCCUAACUUUUCAUCCAACUGUGAUAGAGUGGCUGCCAUGCGAAGUGGCACGUAUGCAAAUCGCGUACAGUGUCCAUUUGAACGCGUCCAUCGCAUUCCCGACUCGAUGAGCUAUGACGAGGCGUCAACAAUCCCGCUAGUCUAUUUGACAGCCAUUUACUCUCUAUACCAUCUGGGCAACCUUCAAGCAGGCCAGUCCGUGUUGAUUCACUCCGCAGCCGGUGGCGUGGGCUUAGCCGCCAUUCAGCUGGCGCAGCACAAGAAGUGCGAUGUAUUUGUCACCGUCGGCACUGAAGCGAAGCGUCAAUUUCUGGCGCGCACGUUCAAUAUACCCGAGAAUCGUAUGUUCAGCUCCCGUAGUACACGAUUCGCUGAAGAGAUUCGCCGCGAGACAGACGGCCGCGGCGUGGACGUCAUUCUGAACUCCCUGACCGGUGAGCUCCUCGACGAAUCCUGGCGGUUGACUGCCGAUGGAGGAAUCAUGGUGGAGAUUGGCAAGAGGGAUAUCGUCGACCGCAACAGCCUGGCCAUGGAGCCCUUUGACCGCAAUUGCUCUUUCCGUGCUGUCGAUUUGUCCUACACCCGCGAGAUUACGAACGAGUUGAUUGGGAAUCUUCUGGGCGAAAUAUUCGACCUGAUAAACGGUGGUCAUGUUGGGCCAAUCAAUCCCAUCACCCGUUACCCAUUUGAAGAGGUUAUUCCCGCACUGUCUUAUAUGCGCAGUGGCAAACACAUGGGCAAGAUCGUCAUCUCUGGUCCUACGGAGGGAACAGAUUUGAAAUUGCCAAUUCGGCCGGCCGUCCCGACGCUACGACUAGAUCCCGCAGCCGCAUACCUCAUUGUGGGGGGACUCCGUGGUCUGUGUGGCAGCUUGGCUGUGUAUUUAGCUCGACAAGGCGCCCGUUGCAUCAUCUCAAUCAGCCGGAGCGGCAUCCAGGAUCCGGCCUCCGCCCGCGCGCAUACCAACUGCGCUGCGUAUGGAUGCGAGAUCGUCGAGGCCAAGGGCGAUGUUGCAGAUUUGGAUUUUGUGCAAAAGGUUUUCCGGUCCAUCCAACCUCGGCGAGUCGCAGGCUUAAUACAAGGUGCUAUGGUUCUCCGGGACAAGCCCUACGAGACAAUGACCCACGACGACUACAUCACCUCCAUCCACGCCAAGAUAGCCGGCACCUGGAACCUGCACCUCGCAGCCCAGCAAGAACAACCUCAACCCCUGGACUUCUUCACAAUGCUCUCCAGCAUCUCCAGCGUCGUCGGCAACAAAGGCCAGGCCAAUUAUGCAGCAGGCAAUGCCUUCCUCGACGCCUUCGCCAGCUACCGUAACGCUGGCGGUCUGCGCGCAAACACCAUCAAUCUCGGCCUAAUCGAGGACGUGGGAUACGUGGCGGAGCAAGGUGGAAAUCUCGAGGCGCGCUUCGAUCGCAGCCAGUGGGUUCCCAUCAAUGAAGGCAUGCUCCGCCGCAUUCUCUCCUACUCCAUCCUUCAACAGCAACGGAGCAUUCGCGGCAGUCUCAACAGUGCCCAGCUGAUCACUGGCCUGGCCUACCCGCUUGUCGCGAACAGCAGUGCUGAAUUGAAGGAAGAAGCGCGUUUUGGCUUUUUCUUCAGCAACCACAGCAUCGGCAGCGGUGGUGGGAACAACGACAAUGGGGGACAGGAUGAUCCCACGGCCGGGGCGAUCAAGGCUUUACACCUGCUACACGCGUCUCAAGCAGAUAUAACGGCCCUCAGUAAGGCGGCCUUGGGGUUGCUGCAGAUGCAACUGAUCAAGAUCUUACGGCUGGAAGCGGAGAUGGAGCCUGGUAAGCCGCUCAUGGCGUACGGUUUGGACUCGCUGUCCGCAGUGGAGCUGCGGGGGUGGGUUCGCCAGAAGACCGGGGCCGAGUUAAGUACCCUCGAUAUCACGAAUGCGAGCUCUUUGACAGCACUAAGCGACAAAUUGGUGUCAAAGUUGCCGCCUGUGAAAUAG